AAGCAUUCAUGAUGAUUUCUAAAGUGUCUCAAACCAUAGUUUUAAUUUUCAGCAUUUUGGUGGCAGUUUGGCAUACAUCCUCUCCUGUAAACACUGAGGGCAUCUCUCCUACUCUAGUGAUGACGGCUAAGACCGGCGGCACUGUAACUUUGGAAUGCUUUCUAUCAGAAAAAACACGAACUGAUCCUGUAGUUUGGUACAAGCAAAGUGUUGGCCAGAUGCCACUUCUUCUAGGAUCAGCUCAGCCACUUCAGCCUUCUGUACUCUACAAUGAAUUUAAUAAUAGCCGUUUCAUCAUGAACAGGGGUUCUGUAACUUUCCACCUUUUUAUCUCAAACAUUCAGUCAUCUGAUGAGGCUUUUUAUUUCUGUGGAGUCAAGAUUGGCUAUGAAAUACGUUUUGGAAAUGGAACAUAUUUGCUUGUGAAAGAAAAAGAUCAGCUGAGGUCCAGCAUUGCAGCAGUGAUCCAAGCCCAAGUAUCAGACCCAGUUCACCCAGGUGAUUCAAAGACACUGGAGUGUGAAGUUCAAACUGAGACCAGAACAGAAGACCUCAGAGUGUUCUGGUUCAGACCAGCUUCAGAAGAUUCCCAUCCAGGAGUCAUUUACACCAACAACAGCAGGAGUGGUCAGUGUGAGGGUCGCUGUGUCUACAGUCUCUCUAAGAAGGACAUCAACAUCUCUGAUGCUGGAACUUACUACUGUGGCAUAGCCACAAGCAGACAAAUACUGUUUGGGAAUGGAACAGCACUCAUCAUUGGGGAGCCUGUGGAUACUCUGCUGGUUGGUUUGGCCGUGGCUUUGGGUUGCUGUGUUGCGCUGAUGUUUUUUCUGUUUUUCCUGAACUACAAGAGGAGAAUUACAUGUGACAACUGCAAAAGUAAGUAUCAUUUUGAUUCAUAUUGUAACUUUUAAAUGUUGCUGAGCUGACUUUGUUGAGUCUGUGUGUGUUGUUUUGGUUGAUAGUAAGACACUUGCAGCAUGGUAGAGAUGGCAGCUGUGAAACCA